UCCAUCCAACCUUUUUCACUCAGAUUCUGAAUUAUCACAGUAACCUAUCUCAUACUGUGGUCUAUUGAACUCCUAUCUCAAAUGAAUCUAAGGUAAUGUUAGUCUAUUGCAUGUUGUGUAUUUUCAUCCUAAUUAUACACACAUCCACGUAAAUAAAAAAGUGACCUGAAUUGGAAUUUUAAAUUAAUUCUCUUGGUGUCCUAUCCUUGCUUUCUAGCACCUUAGUCUGUCAGAGAGGGGUAUAAAUACUCCGCCAACUGGCCCCAUAUCUUGACUGAAUAAUAUACCUAUUAAGUAAUUAUGUAUUAAGUCAAAUUUGGUAAAAGUAGUCAGAUGUUAAAGGCUUAAACACGUGCUGAUAUUAAUCUCUGAACAUAACUGAAGGAAAUGCAAACAACAGGCCACCGCAGUCUCUUUGUACACAUCAAAGAUUUAUAUUUGACCUCUAAAAAAAUUACAGAAAUAGCUGUAAUUCAACUGCUACUGUACAUGGCAUUUUGUCGUUGUUGUGUAGAGUGUCCAUGUCAUGUUUUCAACUGCCCCAAAAAUGGUUACAGCAAAACAAUAAGCGUAUGAUGAAUGACUAAGAAUGGAAAUUCCCCAGUUGCCCAGGUUUCUAUUUCUUUGUUUACCUUUUGCAAUAAAUCCACAAAAACAGGUUGUGGACUUUAUCUAAACCCACUCAUUAUUUACUCUGUCUGGUGCAUAGCUUGACCCACACAAACAAACACAGACACACACACACACACACACACACACACACACACACACACACACACACACACACACACACACACACACACAUUUCAUAUAAGGAGCAUUGAAAUAGUCGUAAGAGCAGAUGAAACAAGCAAGCCAAUGAAGGCAACAAAACACGAAUGACAGCAAGAUUUCAGUUUUAGAAAGAUGAGCACCUGGUUCCUCCUUUCUCUGUGUGUGCUGACCUGUUGUUGCGGCCGCAGCAAUGGCGCCCUCUCUUGCCCAGACAUGUGCACCUGCCAUUUCUCUUUCAGCGACACCAAGGUGGUCUGCAGCGAAGCCUCCCUCUCCCAAUUCCCCUGCGAUGGUCUCCCAGGCAACACUACCUUCCUGUCCAUCCAAUCCACCAACCUCAGCACGAUUACUGCCAACCACUUACAGGCCACGCCCCUUCUGAAAGAGCUCCAACUGUAUUACAACAACCUGAGCACACUUCCUUCAUAUCUCCUCAGAGCUGUUCCUCACCUGCACACGUUGGAUCUCACAGGGAACCACCUGCACUUCCUGCCACCAUAUGUCUUCAGCCACGCUCCGCUGCGUGACCUGGUGCUGAAGAACAACCUGAUCAGCGGUGUGGAUGCUGAUUGGCUCCCUGACAACAGUAACCUCACCUGGCUGGACCUUUCAGGGAACCGUUUGACGGGCGUACCCACAGCCCUGUUCCAGAAACUACGCCACCUGAAGAACCUUGACCUCUCCCAUAACCACCUGGAGAAGCUCCUGGCAGGGGCACUGAAUCCUCUGAGCAGCCUAGAGAGGCUCAACCUGGAGGGGAACCAACUCAGCGCCCUGGACCCUUCCGCCUUCAGGAACACCCCAAACCUGACGCACCUCUUCCUCCAGGAGAACCAACUGGAGAGGCUUCCCCCGACUCUCCUCCAGGGGCUCCAUCGCCUCGAUUUCCUGUUUCUCAACUCCAACCGGCUUGGUCACAUCUCCAACACCCUGCUGGAGCAGCUCUCCUCCCCACAGACAAGCAACCAUCUCUGGGUGGCCUUCAGCCAGAACCCCUGGGUGUGUGAUAAGAAGGUGGAGGAUCUGUGGAGGUGGCUGCAGAAGAACCAGAAGAAAGCUUUCCUGGCCGAUGACAUCAGGUGUGCCAGCCCUGAGUCUCUGAAGGAACGAUCAGUUAUGUCGCUAACUGACAGUGAGCUAGGACUCUGAUUUAUUUAAUAUUUUUCACUUAAACAAUAAGACGAUGGGGGAGCUGUGGAGGUGUCUCAGUAUGACCCAGGGGAGAGUGUUCUUUCUGGUGGAGGUGAAAUGUGCCAGCCCUGGUUGUUAAGGACCAGGCGGUUGUGUCUCUGACAGAGAAAAAGCUAGGCCUCAAAACUGACAAAUAAAACAGGCCCACUGUUCAGGUAAUAACUGCAAAUUAUUCUGUGUUUUGAUAGGCUAAAAGGUCUCUCUCUGUAUGUAUGUAUGUAUGUAUGUAUGUAUGUAUGUAUGUAUGUAUGUAUGUAUGUAUGUAUGUAUGUAUGUAUGUAUGUAUGUAUGUAUGUAUGUACACAAACACUGUAUAUUUGAGACAAAAACCUCUUGCAUUUCAAUUAAGGCUUCUGUAUAUUUGUGGAUACUCUUAGGAUGGUCUUAGAAGAUCCACUGGCACUAGGUGGCAUCAUAUUCAAUGUUUUUGCACGAUAAACUCCCUAGUAGAUUAUUGAGGGACCUGUCCUGAACAGUUGUUAUAAUGUAUAAUACAUGGUUGACAACAACUAUGCAUGAAUAGAAAAUGGACACCUUUGUGACAGCUGCUUUUCUACAGGUCAAUCAGCCUGGUAGAUCUAGGCUCUGGUGGUGUUAAUACUAAUAUAGCCUCAUUAUUUUCAGAACUUUGUGGUUUCCCCUCUCUGCAGUGUCUCACUUUGAUAUGCACUUCAUUCUUCUUCUCCUGUUUUUUAAUGGCAUUGGAAUCAAUGGAGAGAGAGAGAGAGAGAGAGAGAGAGAGAGAGAGAGAGAGAGAAUCAGAGAGUUUGUCCUCUGCGGAUGUGGCACAGGCCUCUCUGUCCUCAGGAGGCCUUGAUCACAGUAAGUGAGAGACCCAAUAAUUUAUGACUCUUGUAAAGCAGCACCCACGUCUCCAGAGGUGGUUACUUAUGAAAAUUAAACCCUGAUCAUAAAUAUUUGCGGAAGAAAACAUGGCUUCCUGAAACGGCAGCGGACGUCGGAGCGUUUCCCCCCGGCAUCGUACGAUAGAGUUGGAUAGAGGGCGCCAAAGCCCGUUUUAACAUGGACAGCGCCAUUGAGGGCUUUAACAAUUAUGAAGUAGCCAACUGGGUGGGACUUGCUAUAGGUUAAGGAUUAAAUAAUUCCAUCCACAUCAGCAGGAGGGGUCAGCCAAUGAAUUAUACUCCUGAGUAAACAUUCCAUAAUUAAAUCACCAACUUUGACUUGUUGCGACUAUACACACUCCAGCACAGUAGGUGGUGGUACGCACCUAUGUACUGCCAAGACAAUCAUAGUAGGAGAAGAAAUUGACCACUUUAAAAGAGAAAAAGCCCUCAAUAGCUCCGCCCAUGCUGUCACAGACAAAGAUUGCAAAGAUAAGAGAUCUCUAGUGCAUCUUUAUGCGUCCUACUCAUCCUCGCUCGUUCUGCCGACAAACAGGUGACCUUUCUCUCUGAUCAGGAUGGACGAGACGGAGUGUGUGUUCUGGCAUCGCGCCGCACUGUAAUGACUGACUGACAGUGAUUUUAAAAAAAAAAGGUUAUUGGCAAGGCUUUUAAAAGGUUAUUAACAGGGCUUUUCAUGCAUUUGUAAAUCAUUUUGGCCAUCUUGAUUUUACACCAAACAAACAUGGUUCAUUACAAGAUGAAGAGUUAAAAUGUAAUUCAUCUUUCAAAUGAGGGUGAUGUGAUAUGAGUAUGACUAGUAGGUGCUCAAUAACUGCCCUAUAAAAUAAAUACUAAUAAUAACUUAAUAUUCUACAUUUGAAAAACUGAAAUGUAUUUUUUUUUUUUAUGAAAUGUAUUGCCAACCUAAAUAUUUCAAUCAAAAUCAUUUGGAUAGAAAAUGGCAUCUCAAAAUGUGAAUGCUAUAGUGUGAAUGCUAUAGUGCUUUAUAGUAAUAGACUGAAAACAAGUUGUGGCUAAAAAUGCUUUAUGGAA